UAGAAAUUAUCUUUCGGAGAGAUGGCCGAGUGGUUGAUGGCUCCGGUCUUGAAAACCGGUAUAGUUCGUAACAAAGAACUAUCGAGGGUUCGAAUCCCUCUCUCUCCUUUUCCUCGGUGAAGAUAUUUCUUUCUUUAUUGGAUUUGCCUGGCUUUUUAGUAUCAUAAAAGGAAAUGGCUUAUUAUCCCAGUUAGCCGAGCCAGAAAAAAAAAAACAGAAUAUAAAUGAAAAGAAAGGAAAAGGAACACUUUUUAAAGUAUGACCCGAUCAUACCAAUAUGUAUGGUAGUGGAAUCAAAUUGAUUCUUACUUCAAGCAUCGGACUCCUGUCUCAGUGUUGGGGGGUCAUGGAAAGAAGAGGUUCAAAAUCACGAUCAAUUCCUUUUUCAAAUCCUGCUGCAGCUGCACGAGCCCUUCCCGCGUGCCAUAAAUGACCUACGAAUAGGAAGAAUCCUAGAACAAAAUGAGAGGUAGCUAACCAACUUCUAGGAGAGACAUAAUUGACUGCAUUGAUUUCGGUAGCUACGCCACCCACAGAAUUUAAAGAACCUAAAGGAGCAUGAGUCAACUAUUCUGCGGAACGCCGUUCUUGCCAAGGCUGUAUGUCUUUUUUCAGCCUACUCAAGUCCAACCCAUUUUGACCCCUUAGAGAUUCUAACCAGGGAGCACGCAGAUCCCAAAAACGCAUAGUUUCCCCUCCAAAAAUGGUCGGAGGUUUAAAAUUAUAUAUAUAUAUACAGGAUUGGAUUUCCACUCAGUUGGAAGGAAGGUUAGAUCCCUUUGACAGGGUUGUAUUUUUGAUUGAAAUGGGAUGGUGUUCAAACUCCCGAAAUGCAGUCUAGACAGCGGGACCUCCCCUUUCUGACUGGACUGACUCGGGGAAAGGUCAAUCUCCUCCGGAGCAUGCUUCACAGCCACUCAUUCGUCCUGACCAAAUAGUAGAAUCUAUCUCUCAGCAAUUCUUUUCUCCGCUAAUCACCCCUUCCCAACCAACCAGCCCGCCCGAUCGAUUUUGGUUGAUCGGCUAAUUCAAAGGGCAACAUCUGGUCCGAAGUUGUCGGAACGAAUCGUUUGCUUUAUCGAACAAAGCUUUAUUAGGGGGUCUUGGUUGGCCCCCCUAUUUUCAACCAAACCAGCUGGCAUCGACCAGCUUUGCGAUACGGACGGACAACGAAGAAGAACGCAGGCAGCGGAAAUGCAAAAGAGAAGAGCAAAGAUUCCCGAUCCAGAGCAUGUUAUUGACUCAACCACAAAUCUCUUUUUUUAAGGUAGCUUGCUUACUCUCAGCCACUAGUUAGAAGGAAAUCCCUUGACUUCAUGCCCUUAUGCUCUUAUGCAGUAAAGAAAGCAAGUGAGGCGGGCUAAAAUUCCAUUCGAAGUAAGGUAACCGGAUUCGAUCUUGCACCAUCUUCAACUCUUCUCGGGAUCCGGAGUUUUUCGAGAAAAGGUCCCAUCCUUCAAUAUCAUGAUUGGGUCGACCAGGCCAGAUCAUGAGUGAAUAGAAAAUCGAAAACGUACAUAGCUGUUCCAGCUGAAAUACUUGGAAUAAUUCUACCACUUCUACUAGGAGUAGCCUUUUUAGUGCUAGCUGAACGUAAAGUAAUGGCUUUUGUGCAACGUCGAAAGGGCCCUGAUGUAGUGGGAUCAUUCGGAUUGUUACAACCUCUAGCAGAUGGUUCGAAAUUGAUUCUAAAAGAACCCAUUUCACCAAGUAGUGCUAAUUUCUCCCUUUUUAGAAUGGCUCCAGUGGCUACAUUUAUGUUAAGUCUGGUCGCUCGGGCCGUUGUACCUUUUGAUUAUGGUAUGGUAUUGUCAGAUCCGAACAUAGGGCUACUUUAUUUGUUUGCCAUAUCUUCGCUAGGUGUUUAUGGAAUUAUUACAGCAGGUCGGUCUAGUAAUUAGGGGGCGGCCGUUCGGUCGCCUAUGAUACUAGGACCAAUAGGUCAAAAAUGGGUUUGUGCCGGAGGUGUUGAACGAUCUACUCUACACAGGUGUGGGCAACCAGGGCUAGGGCUCAUAAACCCUUUCUUUCAUUUAUCAAUAGGGCCCUGGUCGGUCACUUUUCCGGGCCGGGAUCGAGUUGUGGAAGUUAUAAAAAAGAGAUCUUUCUCUGAGCACCUCAGAUCAAGAGGAAGGGUAGCUUGUCAAGCUGGCCUAUAUAUAUUGAAUAUCUAUCUUAAUAAUAUAUAUAGUGGAUUCGCUGUCUUUUAACCGGCUGUUCUUCUUUGUCAACGCUACUAAGGCGACCGGUUAGGGAGCGCCUACAACACUUAUGAAAGAGUUUGAGAAUGGGUUAUUAAAAAAGGAAAAGGCCCUACUUAGUUUCGCAAGCCUUUGUCAUUGUCAGUCAACUAAGUAGGGCCUGAGGCCCCCUGCGAAUCCGUAAAUCUGAAGAGCAUGCCGCAACAAAAGGAUGGUCCCCUAUGCAUUUCAUUCUUUCCGGAAGGGAAAGAAAAGUACCCCCCAUCAUGGUGAACCUCUCCUUGUGAUCGGGAUGAGGUAGAUGCCUCCCAGCCGGGGGGCGGAUCGAAUCGGAGUUUCCUUAGGUAGCCACCGACCUACAGUUAUCCUUAAACUUCCGUGCUUGGUGGAGAAGAAGCGAA